GUGAUCACUUCCGGGUGAGAGGGGAAAGACCAGAGGGUGUCAAACAUGGCGUCUCCGGGAGAGUUGGGUGGCUUGGGUUCACUGGGAGCGGCCGGAGCGCUGUCCGUGGCGGAGGCGUUGUCUCUUCCUGCAGAGUCGUACGGCAAUGAUCCCAAUGUGGAGAUGAUCUGGGCCAUGAAGGCUUAUCAGCAUGCAGAGGUGUACUUCAAUCUUAUCUCCUCUGUUGACCCUCGCCUCCUAAAACUGACCAAGUUAGAUGAUGGGAUCUACACGGCUUUCCGAGCAGAAUUUCCAGAUCUUCGUAUUGAUGUCAUCGAUCCUGAAGAUCUGAAGUCUCCAGCAGCCAAAGAGAAGUGGCGGCCUUUCUGCAUGCAGUUUGAGAAUCAGGUGGAAGAUUUCAACUACGGAACCUUGUUAAGAUUGGACAGCAGCAAGGAGUACGCGGAGGAGAAUACCAUCUUCUCUACCCGAAUCCAAUUUUUUGCUAUAGAAAUUGCACGGAACAGAGAAGGAUGUAACGCCGUCAUUUACAAUCACAGACUAAAAGAAGCUGCAAAGUAACAGCACGAGGGUGGUAUACGGCGGCAGCCGGGGGACGUCUACAUGUUGUGUUGCUCAGCUGGAUGACAAUACCAGUUACCAAACAAUUCAAAUUUUAUUUUCUGCAGUUUCCACUAUACACUCAUUUUGGCAAACAGUAAAAUACCCAAAAGUCAUUGCUGCCACCAGACCUUUUUUUUUUUUAAACCGCCUCAGUCUUCACAAAGUGCUAUCUAAGAGUAUUCGGACAGCUGGUUUUUCUUCUAAUUUUAAUAAAUUGAAUGUAUAUUUACAGUUUU